GGCCCGGAGGGCGGGGGAGGAGACAUACGCGGCUAUGGCGCUCGUGCUCGGCGCCCUGCGUCUCCUGCUCGGCGUCUUCUUCGCGCUCACCGGGGCUGCUAAGCUCUUGCAGGUCUCGGCCCCCGUGUCACAACAGAUGAGAGCCUUGUUCGAGCAGUUUGCUGAGGUGUUUCCAUUGAAGUUGGUCGGCUACCAGCCAGAUCCUAGAAACUACCAAACAGCUGUGGGCUGGCUGGAAGUGCUGGCUGGGUUGCUGCUGGUCGUGGGUCCACCUUCGCUCCAAGUGAUCAGUAACCAGUUCUUGAUCCUGCUCAUGAUGGGGGCCAUCUUCAAUUUGGUGGUUCUGAAAGAGUCGCUGAGGACCUACAUCCCAGCCGCUGUCUGUUUGGGGCUGCUGUUGCUGCUGGAUACCUGCCAGUUCUUAGCUCGAACUAAGAGGGUGGUCAGACGCCGCCGUAGCAAGAAGAUUGCUGGUGCAGCCUGGAAGUCUGGGAACUGAGUCUUCAUGCAUUUACCACAGCAGGAACAGUCGCACAACAGUGUCUACCACUUUGUUAGGCCCACAUUCAUUCAGUGUAAAAGAGUGCUUCAGCUGCCAAGAUGAAAAUUUACAGGCACAAGACCUGGGAUGACCUACCCAGCGUGAUCAACUCUUCCUUACUUUCCAGAACCAGCAGUGUGCAUGUAGAGCCCAUGAAAGCGGAUACACCAGGAGCUCCAGCCUCAUGCAUUACCUGACCUUCCAGGAUACCCAGCCUGUCUCCAGCCAGGACGUCGAGUAAAACCUCUUGCAGCUGGCAUUGAGGGAUCCUGUUUUCCAAGGCGGGUUAGUAAUUAUGGACUCCAAAGCAUGGCUGUGGGGCUGGCCCAGCACCUGUGGGAGAGGCAGGGGGUGCUGGAAGAAUGGAUAAGCCACCUGGUGUCGAGAAGCAGUUUGAUUGACAGCAGCUGAAGCAUCUUAAGCCCCAGCAGUGCCUUGAGGAGCCCAGGGAGCCAAGCUCCAGGAAGCCAUAGCAGAAGUGUAAGAGCUCAGCACAACUUCCAGCCAUUUGGCCUCCUCUCGUCCCCAGAAGACACUCCCAGAUCCUGGGGUCCUGGCAGUGCCCCUACAAACCCAGCAUGCAGCUACCACAUGUGAGUGAAUGACAUCUGGAUAUCAUUAAUUUAAAACUUAAGGACUCAGAUAUCCUGGUGUCUCGUAACUUCUCCUCAAGUAUUCCGGGAUUCUACAAGCUUGUCCUUUCCUGGUGCAUUCCUGACGCAGAGUUAGGAUUGCCUCCUCCCACUCUAGCAGGAUGCCUGCAACUCUGCCAUCACCUCCACUGUUCCAGGACUCCUGUGCCAGGACUUGGUGGAAAUCAAGCUAGAGCUCCAUCCUGCCAUUAGCCGGACGGAGAUUGGUGAGGCUAACUGCACUCCGUUUCAGCUGAUCGGAGACUCUCAGUGCACAUACCUGCCCGUGGCUCUGGCUAUAAUGCAUUUCCUCCGUCUGUGCUUGGACAGCUGAGCCAUCUGCUCUUAGUGGGGAAGGAAACCACUCUCUGCUCUUCGCCAUGUUGCUGGAAGUCCUACAACAGAACUGUUUGAGUCCCAGGGAGUUCCACUUUAGCAGGCGAGAACAGCAAGCCCAUGUUGCCAAAGUCUGUCAGCUCCUCCCGACUCCCUACACCCUCCUGGCCCUCUCACUGAGUUUGCCUCCUAGUGAUAAAGUCAGUAAAUUCCCUCUCCCCUUUUGAUAAAUUGCCCCGCGUUGGUCCCUUAUUCCUUCUUUAACUUGUUUCUUUAUGUUUUAAAAGUAACACAUGUUCAUGAAAGUAAUUCAGAGCAACAGAGAAAAAUGUAAAAAAUACAGAGUGAAGGUCCCUCAGCGGUAGCCAGGGUUUGUAGUUUAUGUGUGUGCAUGCAUCAUUCCAGAUGUUUGCCGUUUCGAUCAAAGGCACAGGAGCAAUUUUUAUCAGAAAGCCACAAAGGGGAUCGUGCCACAAGACUCUGUAAUUUGCUUUCAGUUUAUCUUGUGCCGCUCCCCAUGUCUACACGGGCAGGGCUCGUUCUUUUUAUCACGUUAUCCAUAUUUUACUCAGUGGGCCCCCUAGAUGGACAUUUGUUUCCACGAGUUUAUGCCACAAACAGUGCUGCGUGAAUGCCCUUGCUCACAAACCUCUGCAUGUUUGUGAAUUUGUAGAGCGAAUUCCUGGCAGUGAAAUUGCUCCGUCACAGAGGAUGUGUGUGCAGUUUAGUUGUUUAAUAACAUCUAAAUAUUAUUAAUAUCUAAUCUACUGUCUCCAAAAACAAUGCACUCACAAUCACAACCCCACCAACAGUAGGUGGCACUCCCUGCUUUGCCACGCCCUCACGAGCACGAGGUGAUGUCACCUGUCUUCUCCAAUCUGUACUUUUGUCCUGCUGUGCUAACUUUCUGUUCCUACAUCAGAUACCCGGGGCUGGAGAUAGAACUGAGUGGUAGAGCACACUUGCCUAGGAUGCACAAGGGUCUAGGUUCCACCCCUGGGACAGCAAACAAAACAAAAAGAAAUAAACAAACAUCUCAAGUAUUCGAGAUAAUUGACUCACAAAGAGAAAACACUUAACUUCGUCCUGUGACUGAUCUGGCUCCCUUGCACUUGGUGCUGUGGUCAGGCAGCGAGCGUUUAUCAUGGAGGAGGAGCAUAUCACGGAGUAAAAUCACUCACUUCAUGGCCAGGAAGCCAAACAGAAACAGGAAGACAGACAUCAGGGGAUCUUAUGCUCCCCUUCAAGGGCAUGUUGCCAACAACCUCAAGACCUUCCAUCAGGCCCCAUCUCUUAAAACUCACACAGACCCCAUCUUCUGUGUGAGUCAGCUUCCCUUUCCUGGAUCAAAAUCCUUGAGUGACUCGACUUACAAAUGGAAAGGUUUCUUUUGGCUCACAGUUUGGAGAUUUUGGUCCAUGGCUUGGUGGGCCUCUUGCUUGUGGAUCUGUGGCAAGACAGCAUGUAAUGAUGGGCAGGUCUAUGGCAGGAAAAGCAGAGCUAGGGGAAACCCUUCCCCCAUGCACAGUUCACAAGGGAGGAUGGGGUGGAACCCCACGAUCCUCUUUGAAGGGAUCCCCGACAUCAUGAACCUCUGACUCGGCCCCACCUCUUACGGUUUCCAUCAUUUCCCAAGGGCACUAUGCUGGAGCGCUCAUCUUUAAAACGUGAGCCCUUGGGAGAGGUCUUAGAUACAAACCACAGUCCCUCCCAGUGUUGCCACAUGGGGCAGCAAACCUUCAACACAGGGCUGAUCUAGUUUACUUUCCAUUGCUGGGACAAAUGCCAUGACCAGAAGGAACUUAAGGAACAAAGAGUUUAUUUCAGCUUACAGGUUAGAAUCCAUCGUCAAGGGAUGGUUUCUAAAGCAGGGACAUGGAGGAAGGCUGCUCAAUGGCUCGAAGUCCUAGGCUCUUUCUGCUAGCUUUCUUUUAUAUUUUUAAGACUUAUUUGAUACAUAUGAGUGUUUUGCCUGCAUGUACAACAACUGCGUGCCUGGUGCCCACAAAGCCCUUGGAUUGCCAGGACCUAGAGUUAGAGAUGAUUGUGAGUCAUACAUGCUCUUAACUGCUUAGUCAACUCUCCAUCCCUUUAAAAGAAUUAUUUGUGUGUGUGUGUGUGUGUGUGUGUGUGUGUGUGUGUGUACCAUGUGUGUAGGAGCUUGAAGACAUGAGAAGAGGGGAUCAGAUCCUGUGGAGUGACUGUGUGGGUGUCCUGAGAGAGCGAUGAGCACAUUUAGCUACUGAGCUAUCUCUGCUGCCCUCUGCUGGCCAUCUUGUAUAGCCCAGGCCCACCUGCCUAGGGAUAGUGCUGCCUACAGUGGGCAAGGCUCUCCACGCUAGAUAGCAAUGGACAAAAUGCUCAUAGAAUUGUGCCUACAGGCCAAUCUGAUAUUGGUAAUUCCUCAACUGAGGUUCCUUCUUCCUAGGUGUGUCAAGUUAACCACCAAGAUUAGCCAUUGCUGGGGUCUUGGAGGGACAUUUCAGGUCCAAACUGUAGCAGUGCCUCAUUCUUCUACACAGAUCUGAACACAUCUGCCUCCCAGCUAUGAACAGAGUUAACUGGCUUUCUGUUUUUGGAUUUUCAAGACAGGGUUUCUGUGUGUAUCCUUGGCUGUCCUGGAACUCACUCUGUAGACCAGGCUGGCAUCGAACCACAGAGAUCUGCCUGCCUCUGCCUCCCAAGUGCUGGGAUUAAAGGUGUGUGCCCCCACUGCCCGGCGAGUUAACUUUUUAUUUCUCUUUCCUUGAGGAUGUCUCAGACUCUUUGAUAUAUAUUUGGAACCUGGUGAGUGGGAAGAGGAAAGAUCUCAUCUGUGCCCCUCACAUCAGUCAACACUUAGCCCAUCCUGCUUGUUGGGAGAAUUAAAUGAGAGUCCAAAAGCAUACCACUAGACCAAAUUAGUAUCGUCAGUUCUCAACCCUUCCUUGGGAAUCAAGCUGGCUCAUGCCAGCAUCUCAGCCCAAGGCCAAGAGACAGCUGAGGCCCCCAACAUCCUGAAUUCAUUUGCUCACGCCCCGAUGAAUUGCUCAGCCCCACAGGCCACGCAAGGCUGGCUCUUUGAGAAAUGACCUGGCAUCCACACCAGGGCCAGCUGAAUCUCCUGAGGCUGAAUUCAAUUCUGUCCGAAUAAAAGAUGAUUCCCGUUGGCCUCAUCCAUCCCUGUGGUCUUGUACUCUCAUGCUUUUGAUGUAACAUUUCCCCCAGCAAUGUAGUCAGUUUCCGUUGGGAAAUGUCCAAGUUACGCUUCUGUGUCUGGCCUGCGGAGGAAAAAGAACUUGAGAGUCAGUUGCCUCUGGGAGGUCAGACACAAUGGAAAGAAAUCCUCUGGCUAGAAUUACCGUGUGUGUGGAUCCCCUCCUCCCUCCAGGUCAGCUCAGGAAAGAGGGAAUGGGAUGGAUACCCAGAGGCAAGCACCCGAGAGAGGAUGACAGACUGGACCACGGUGCACUGUCAGUCCUUUGGGACUUAGUCCCCAGACUUUACCCAAACUUUCAAAAAUUUGACCCAAGACCCUCCUUCGGUUAAAGGAGAAGAAUGGAGUCAAAGUUGCUGUUUGAUUUGAGGCUGGACACUCCUUCCCCCAGAAUUCAGGGGAAAACUCACCUGCCCACAUCUUCAGUAGCUGCCGGUUAGAUCUCCUGCUCCUUUGAAGAGCCAGGAAUGUUCAGUCCCUCCCUUUGCCUACCCAGGAUGCUCUCCACCGUAGGAGUGGACAUGGUGUGGAUAUAAGCUGCUCCUGGCAUAGAGAGUGUUAGGCACCAAAGAAACCUGGAACAAGUGGCUGACUGAGGUGCCUAUUAACCAUAUCAAAGUGGAGCUGGGUGUGGUGGCGCAUGUUUUUAAUCCCAGCACUCAGGAGGCAGAGGCAGGAGGAUCUCUGCGUUUGAGGCCAGACUGGUUUACCAAGAGUGAGUUCCAGGACAGCCAGGGCUGCACAGAGAAACCCUGUCUCAGAAAACAAAAAAACAAACAAAUAAGCAACAACAACAAAAAACCAAAGCCAAAACAAACCACAACAAACACAUCAAAGCAUUGUCCGGCUCUCUCAGCAUUGCAAGUACCUGUCACAGAGUUCUGGCUCCUCUUCGCACUUCUCACACAUACCGCACCCCCCCUGUUUCCUAUCCUAAACCUCUCCAGACCCCGAGCUUUGCUUCUUUCCCCUCAGCUUCUGAUUCCUAUAUAACCCAGCCAUUUUGGCCGUCCGCUCGUUUGUUCCUCUCUGUCCCCUCUCUUGUCCCUCUCCUCUUCUUCUCCCCGCUCCCCCACAACCCCCAUGACCUGGUCUGUUCUGCUGGCCAUGUUCAGUCUGGACUCUUCCUGAUGCCUCUGGCUGUUGUCUCCUAUCUACAAUAAAGACCUUCUCCUCAACCA